GGAACUAGGCAACAAACGGAUACAGCAGCGCCAUGACCCAUGGGCACAGAGCAAGGUGCCAAGCUCAAGACUCACCCUGGGCGCAAGGGCGCCAAGGAGAGUCCUGGCAUCACAGCAGCGCAACGAGGCGACUUGCAGGCGCUUCAGCAGCUGCCGGCGGAGGAGCUUCUCGCAGCCAGAGACCACAACGGCUGCUCAGCUCUCCACUGGGCAGCAGGCAACGGACACUUGGCUGUUUGCGAGUUCCUGCUGCAGUUGGAUGCAGCCGGCAUCGCUGCCACGACCUGGAACCAGCGCACGGCCUUGCACUACGCCGCGCGCAACGGACGCCUGGAGGUUUGCCGCUGGCUGGUAGCGGCCAAGUCCGACGCCAACGCGCUGGCGCGCGAUGAGGUGUCGCCUUUGCAGCUGGCAGUUUGGCAGAACCAUUUGGACACCUGCCGUUGGUUUGUGGAGGCGCAUGCGGACCCCUUGCAGCGGAACCGCUUUGGAUGCUCCGUGGCACACUGGCUGUCGCAGGCUCCACGGGAGCGCGCGGGCAGGGAUGGCCAGGACUUGAUUCCUCUGGCCGAGUGGCUGAAAUCCCGCGGCUGCGAUUUCGCAGCGGUGCAGGAGCACGGCCACAACUGCCUGCACAAGGCUGCUUGGGCCGGACAUUUGGAGCUUUGCCGCUGGCUGCGGGAUACCUGCGGUUUGCGCGAUGCCCUGCAGGACCACGCGGGGAAUUUUGCCGCCGACUUGGCCGAGAUGGCGGGUCACCAGAGGCUGCAGGCGUGGCUGCGCAGCGAGUGCUCCGCCGCCCGCAGCAUCUCUUGCGCCAAGCUGGGACUGCCGGAGGAUGCUGAUCCCGCAGCCAUCCGCGAGGCGUACCUCCGCUUGGUGCGCACGGUGCAUCCGGACAGCCCCCUGCGGCUCAGCGAGGGCUAUGACGAGUUCUCCGCGCUGCACGAGGCGUACCGCCACCUCACCAAAGAUCAGGGCCAAGGCAAUCAGAGCAACCCCCGGCACCAGGAGCGCUUGAUGCUGCAAUGGGAUUCUCAAGAGCCUGGCUUCGAGAGUGAGGCGCAGAUGUUCAAGUCUCGGCUGCUCACAGUUGUGGGAGAGUUCGGCGACAAAGGUUUGCCGUUGUCCUCCUUGCGAAAGAAGUACGCGCAGGUUUGGUCUGGCGCCGCGCUGCCUGCGCCCACCAGCUUUGGUCUGCGCAAGGGCUGUGGCUUGCUAGAGAUGCUGCGCCACGUGGCGGGCGACGUGCUGCGCGUGGAGAUGCACGCGCGCGGCCAGGACCCUGUGCUGCACGCAGACAGCACGGAGUCAAAAGCUGUCAGCUGGGGCGCAGCUGGUGCCUGCGAAGCAAGGAAGUUUGCUGAGGAUCUCAUGAAACUGCUGCGCAGCGGCGAGGUUGACGAGGAUUUACGUUGCGCGAUGUGGGAGAACUCCCGCCAGGAGGAUCUUCUGGAAUGCUUGAGGGACGGUGUGCGCGGCCGCGAUCCUCUUGAGGACAAGGCGGAUCAUGCAGCGCAUCAGAAGGACAAAGACUGGUGGACUCCGCUGCAUUGGGCGGCGCAGGAUGGCCACGAGCGCUUGGCGGAGAAGCUGCUGGCCUUGCGCGUGAGCACGGCAGCCGUCACCAAGCUGCUAGUGCUGCAGCCCCAUGCCAUGGAUGAUGCUUUGAAAGCAGAGAUUAUAGCAGUGAGAUGUGAUGAAGGGCUUCAGAUCAACAGAAAGUGUCAGGUCAUUUUGAGCAAGCUGCAAGCUGCAGGCUUGCUGUGGGAGCAGAAGGUGAAGCCUGUGCAGUUGCUGGUGCAUCCCAGCAACCGAUCUGGGGCCAUGCUCAACAGCUUUGACAUGCAUGCCAAAGGAGCCAUGGUUUUGACCAUGGGGUGCUUGGUGGACAAGCUGAGUGACUCCUUGGCUUUUGAAAUGGCAAAGGAGCCAGGCCAGAAGCAGACGCAACUGCAGGCAAACCUGGAGCUGGUAAGCGCGUCAGAGAACAAAAUUGCCCCAGUGCUCUCCACAGAAAGAUAUUUGACAGUGGCUUGCUCCCAUGUGGGCAUGUUUUUGAAAACAGUGGCAGCAGGCACUUGCAGCACAGAGCACGAAGAACUUGCCAGAGUGAACAAUGGCCUGCUGACCUUGGACAGUUUGCUUUCAAAGUAUGCAGACCCGGUCUUAGAAGCUUUGAUCAAGGAAGGCUGGACAUGGACGGUGAUCAGCGCAGAAGUGGAAGAACACCUUGAGUGGCUCCCCGGGUUCUUGCAAGGCAGCUUGAACACUUCUCAACAGGUGGCAAGCACGCCCACGGAGAUGGAGCAAGCAAUGAGCUUGGCUUUCUGGUACAGCAGGAGCAAGGACUUGGAUGUUGCCAUUGCCCAGACCGCAGCCUGCAUGCCACUCAGGGCUCACUAUGUGCCCAUGAUUGCUCAAUGGGUAGCAAAGUAUGGUGGAGGUGAGGAGUUCCCUUUGGUGAAGCUUGCAGAGUCCAUCAGUGCAGACAAGCUGGAGGUGCGCUACAGCUGGCGGAGGCUGUUGAGCAAAACAGAUGUGGACAAGCUCAAAGGCCAGGCUUUCGGCAGCAUGGUCAGUAAGGCAGAGUUGCUGUUGGUGAAUGCUUGGAACUUGGCAUCCAAGACACCAUGCUUGGCAUGGGACAAGAAGUGCUUGGCCUUGGGAAGGUUUAUGUGCAGAUUGGUCCUGUUCAUGCUGAACAAGCAGGCCAAAGGCAGGGAGAAGAAGUCCUAUGACAGCCUGGAGCAAAUCAACACUCUGUUUUCAGAGGACUGGUCUGCCAUGGUGAAGGAUGGCAAGAUUGCUCCUGCUGCGCUUGCAGCCAGUGGUGCUGCAUCUUCUGGCAGUAAACCCCCUGUCCCUUUGCAGAACACAGCAGACCCUAAGUUCAUUGCGAUGUCUGCCAACCCUCACUUGGAAGUUGGCAAAUGCUACACCAAUGCAAAGUAUCCUGGCCAAAUUUUCAAAUUCACUGAGAUGCAGGCUUCUUUUGCCAAGAUGACGCACGCCCCUCUGUUUGGCAGCCCUGUGACAGUGGAUGUGCAGCAUGAUGAGCUAAAGACUUGGAAAGUCUGCUACUCGAAAGAGCCUGCCCUGAUUGACGGCAGCAUUUUGACGAAGAUGCAGCCAGCGAAUUCAGAGCAGCUCCAGGUAGACAAAGCCAAGGCAGUGCUGCAAACUGCCAUCUAUGACUUGUACUUGGAGCAACCUGCCUUGGAAAGCUCCAAGCCAGAGAUUGCCAAGCUGGUGUGUGGCUCAUCCUGCCGCUUGCCCAAGAAUGCUUCCCUAGCCAAUGGUGCUAAGAUGCAGGAGCUGAAAGCCAAGAGGCUGGCGGCUUGGCAGAACGUCUGCCUGGAAGAAGCAGAGCAGGAGAGCUUCGCGGAGCUGGUAGCGAGGCUGCAAGUGGCCGGCCCGGAGCCGGACAUGGAAGCCAUGGAGAACACAGGAACGAGCCCGGUGGCUACAGAUGCUGCAGAAGAAGACAAGGCUGCAAAGGCCGAAGAAGAGAUGGCGGACGCCACAGAGACAGAGGUGGCACCAGCCAAAAAGAGUCAAGAAGAAAGCUGGCCGGAGCAGGAGAAAGGCCAGGAAGAAAGCCGGCCGGAGCAGGAGGAAGGCUGGGUGUGGAAAGAAGGCCAAUGGGCCUGGUGUAUGGGCAGGCAGGAGUGGGCCUGGCUGAAAAGCCAAUGGGUUUGGCUUGAGGAGCAGGUGGCCUGGGCACAGCCCCAGUGGGUCUGGCCAAGUGGUGCCGGGGACUGGGUGUGGCGUGAUGCUAUGUGGGUACAGCUGCAGGCGCCGGAGGACAAGCCGUACCCGACGGAGCGGGGAUGGCAGCCGCACGCAGGCAUGAUAAUGCCGCAGGAAUGGCAGGGCCAGUGGUUUGUGCCACCAAGCCCUGCGAGUGGCGAGGAGGAGGACCCAAGCAGCCAGGCUGUGCAGGAUGAGGUCAUGGAGGACUACGGCAGCGAAGAGGGAAAGGCCAAGAGCUUUCUCGAAGUCCUGCGCAUGCAGGAGGAGGCCGAGGAAGAGGAGCGAGCAGCCAAGCGGCAGAAGUUCACGGAGAAGUCCACGGGGAGCAAUCCCCAGAAGCCGAAUGCAAACCAGAUCUACCCGCAGGACAAGAAGAAGAUCAACCGAGGCAGCGGCUGGAAGAUGAAGACAGUUCCGCUGGUGGCGCACGUGAUGAACGAGGACUGGGGCCAGGCAAAAGCAGCUGCCCGGUCGAUGUACGACGAGGCGGCGAUGCAGCCAUGGGUGGACAAGUACAUGCAGCAGAUGAGCACUUUUGGCCGAAGCGACCGCUGGAAGGCCUGA